GAAGGGGAGGGGGAGAGACGAGUUUGCUAGUAGUCGGUGAAUGCUAGAAAUAGUUGGAGACUCGAAGGAUUCGGGCGUUGGGGGCGGGCCCCUCAAGAGUAGUGCGAGAUGGCGGAGCUGCGGCACUCGGCGUCCAUGGGCGCCCGCGCGGUCUCCUCCCCCGCCCACCGCGACGACCCCACCCACCCCUUCGCCGCCGCCCUUGACGCCGGCGAUGGUGGCGCCGCCCCGGUUCGCUCCUCCUCCCGCGGUCGCGAUCGGGACAAAGACCCCCACCACCACAGAGCCUUCGCCUCCGCCCUCCUACACCUUCCCCCUCCCCUCCGAUCCCUUCUCUCACUCGAGGACCCCAGGCUCGCCUACUGGAUCCUCGCGUUCCUCGCCUUCCUUCUCUUUGCCGGGAUCCUCUUGCUCUCUUCCCUCUGGAGCCGCCUGAAUGCGCCUUACCUAUGCUAUAAGGAUGGGAUUGCUCUUCGCUGCCCCCGAGUGAAAGAGCCUCCAUCGCUCUGGGAGAAUCCCUAUUCUUCUACUACUUCAUGGAAACCUUGUGCUGAGCGCCGCGAGAAUGGGAUUUCAGAUCUUCCUCCCGAGAAUGAAACCACUGGCUAUAUAUUCAUUCAUGCAGAGGGCGGCUUGAACCAGCAACGUAUAGCUAUAUGCAAUGCUGUUGCUGUUGCCAAAAUAAUGAAUGCAACUCUUAUUUUGCCAGUCUUGAAGCAAGAUCAAAUCUGGAAAGAUCAGACGAAGUUUGAAGAUAUAUUUGAUGUCGACCAUUUUAUUGAAUACUUGAAGGAUGAUGUGCGUAUUGUACGAGAAAUUCCUGACUGGUUUACAGAAAAAGCAGAGCUUUUCACCAGUAUAAGGCGAACAGUGAAAAACAUCCCAAAGUAUGCAUCUGCACAGUUCUAUAUCGACAAUGUGCUUCCAAGGAUCAAAGAGAAGAAGAUAAUGGCUCUAAAGCCUUUUGUUGAUAGGUUGGGGUAUGAUAAUGUUCCACCUGAGAUAAACAGGCUCAGGUGCAGGGUCAACUAUCAUGCCUUAAAAUUUUUACCUGAGAUUGAAGAAAUGGCUGAUAAAUUGGCGGCAAGGAUGAGGAAUCGUACUGGCAGUUUAAAUCCAUACAUGGCACUUCAUCUGAGAUUUGAGAAGGGAAUGGUGGGCCUUUCCUUCUGUGAUUUUGUUGGAACAAGAGAGGAGAAAGCUAUGAUGGCAUCAUAUAGACAGAAGGAGUGGCCAAGGCGGUAUAAGAAUGGGUCUCAUCUUUGGCAGCUAGCACUGCAGAAGCGAAAGGAAGGACGCUGCCCUCUUGAGCCUGGAGAGGUGGCUGUUAUCCUUCGGGCAAUGGGAUAUCCUAAAGAGACACAGAUAUAUGUUGCCUCUGGACAAGUGUAUGGUGGAAAGAACAGGAUGGCUCCUCUGAGAAAUAUGUUCCCCAACCUGGUUACCAAGGAGGAAUUAGCAAACAAAGAGGAAUUGGACCAUUUCAGGAAGCAUGUAACGAGCUUAGCUGCCCUGGAUUUCUUAGUCUGCCUGAAAUCAGAUGUCUUUGUUAUGACCCAUGGUGGUAAUUUUGCCAAGCUGAUAAUUGGCGCUCGUCGGUACACGGGUCACCGGCUCAAGUCCAUAAAGCCAGACAAGGGGCUAAUGUCCAAAUCAUUUGGGGACCCCUUCAUGGGCUGGGCAGCCUUUGUGGAGGACGUAGUGAUCUCGCACCAGACACGGACUGGUCUUCCAGAGGAAACAUUCCCAAACUAUGAUAUAUGGGAGAACCCUCUAACUCCCUGUAUGUGUAAGGCAUGAGCCAGAAUUGCUGCUGCUGGUGAUUAUGUUGUUACAUCCUAGUUGUGAUUACUUGUAGGUGUUUUUACUUUGUUUUCUUGUUUCUGUUCUCUACUUGUUGGCCUUUGCCAUGUCUACCUUUUUCGAUCAAUUUUCACUUCCAAGUUUAGUUUGCAGGGAAGAACCUUUGGACUCUGUCCUCCUGUCA